CUUUUUUGAUUGUCAUCAAUUCAUUUUUACAUUAAUUAUAUAUCUACAUAAAAAUCAUUAAUUUUGAGUAGGUGCCAUAUUAAGCGUUAUUUUAUUUUUUUUUUUAGUGAGUAAUACUUAAUAAAUUUUUAUUUUUAAUUCAUAAUCAAAAUUUAAAUAUCUACUGUUCAUAACUUUAAAGUGUCUAGUUAUCAUAAAAAGAAAUGGCUGAAGGUGAUGAUAAUGAUAGAAGACCAAAAGGAAUAGAAUGUCUUAAACAACAUAUUGUUACGCAUAAAGUUGAAGUAACAUUAUGGGCCACUAGAUUAGCAGCAAUUAUUUUUACAUUUGCUUACCUAGUACCUCUCUUUUGGAAUCCAGCUAGCGCAUAUUAUAGAAUAUUAUUAGCUAAUGCAGCUACUAGUGCAUUACGACUACAUCAACGUCUACCAACAAUGCAAAUUUCUGUUCAAUUCCUUACACAGUUAUUCAAAGAAGAUAGUUGUCAUUACUUACUAUACUCACUAAUAUUUUUAUAUGUAUCACCUAAUAUUCUUAUAAUUUUGCCAGUAUUUUUAUUUUCAUUAAUACAUUUUGCAAGUUAUUCGUUGACAUUAUUGGACUUAUUGGGACAAAAUUCAUGGUGGGGAGCUCGUCUAUUAAUUUCAUUGGUAGAAUUUCAAUCACGCAGUAUUCUCCGUCUUAUUGCCUUCUCAGAAAUUCUGGUUAUGCCUCUAACAUUGUUUAUGUCAUUCUUUGGUCGUUCAGGAUUAUUAACAAUUGUAUUUUAUUAUCACUUCUUAACCUUAAGAUAUGCAUCGCAAAGAAAUCCUCAUACAAGACUUAUGUUUGGUGAUUUAAGAGUAGCUGCUGAAAAUUUUGCAAACAAACCUACUACACCAAGUUUCUUACAAUCAGCUAUAUUAUCUGGAAUAGCUACUAUAUGUCGUAUGGCACCAACUGUACCACACAGUCAAUAGUCUUAAAUUGACUCGUAUUUGCAGAACUAUUUAAAUUGCAUUUUAUUGAUGAGUUUUGUCACAUAAUUCUGUAGAUAUAGAAUUUGGUCGCCUUUAUAAUCACUAUCAUUGUAAAAAGAACCAAAUUCUUUUUACAAUUUUUUUAUUAUUAUUAUUACUAUAAUUAUUGUACUUUAUUAUUGUUUUGGUUCCGGUUUAUCUUUAUGUGAUUGUAUGUGUUUCUCUUUGUAAAAAUAUUAAAAUAUAAUUACAUUAUUGUAAUUUUUGAAAAAAAUUAUCUUUUUAUUCUUCUGUAAUAUAUUAAAUAUUUACAAUUUAAAGUAACUGUAUUGACUUAAAUACAUACAAGUGUGUUUUAAUCAACACUUUUUUUGUUGACUAAAAAGUAGUAACAACUAUACAUUAACAGUUGGAA